CUUCCUUUGCAGCGUGAAAGUCGGGUCUGUCAAUGCUUUCUGUUACAGACAAGCUGAUGGUCGGAAGGUGCUGCGGUCAAGUAUCCGAGAAUUCCUGUGCAGCGAGGCAAUGUUUCACCUGGGAAUACCGACAACAAGAGCUGGAACGUGCGUGACAUCUGACUCAAAAGUUGUUCGUGACAUAUUUUAUGAUGGAAAUCCAAAAAAUGAAAGGUGUACAGUUGUCCUGAGAAUAGCUUCAACAUUUUUAAGGUUUGGAUCUUUUGAAAUUUUUAAACCAACGGAUGAGCAUACGGGACGCAAAGGUCCUAGUGUUGACCGAAAUGAUAUUCGGAUACAAAUGUUGGAUUAUGUGAUCAGCACUUUCUACCCGGAAAUCCAGGAGGCUUAUUCUGACAACACUGUUCAGAGAAAUGCUGCUUUCUUUAAAGAGAUAACCAAGCGGACUGCGAGAUUGGUUGCGGAAUGGCAGUGCGUUGGCUUUUGCCAUGGUGUGCUGAACACAGACAACAUGAGCAUAGUUGGACUAACGAUUGACUACGGCCCCUUCGGAUUUAUGGACAGAUAUGACCCUGAACACAUUUGCAAUGGCUCUGAUAAUACAGGGCGCUAUGCUUACAACAAGCAGCCAGAAAUUUGCAAGUGGAAUCUAGGAAAGCUUGCUGAAGCUUUAGUUCCAGAGCUGCCUCUGGAAAUCAGUGAGCUCAUCCUGGAAGAGGAAUAUGAUGCAGAAUUCGAGAAGCACUAUUUGCAGAAGAUGAGGAAGAAGCUAGGAUUAAUUCAGCUGGAAUUAGAAGAAGAUAAUAAGCUGGUGUCUGAACUUCUUGAAACUAUGCAUCUCACAGGUGCUGACUUCACAAAUAUUUUCUACUUGCUGAGUUCAUUCUCAGUAGAUUUUGAUCCUCCAAGACUGGAAGAGUUUUUAGAGAAGCUAGCAAGUCAGUGUGCUUCCUUGGAGGAACUGAAAGUUGCUUUCAAACCCCAGAUGGAUCCAAGACAACUGUCAAUGAUGCUAAUGUUGGCUCAGUCCAACCCUCAGCUUUUUGCAUUAAUUGGAACAAAAGCUAAUAUCAAUAAAGAAUUAGAGCGCAUUGAGCAGUUCUCCAAGCUGCAGCAGCUAACGGCAGCUGAUAUACUCAGUAGAAAUCAAAGACAUUGGAAAGAAUGGCUGGAAAAAUACAGAGUCCGUUUACAGAAAGAAGUAGAAAAUGUUGGCAAUGCCGAUGUCUGGAAUAUUGAUCGUGUGAAAGUCAUGAAUUCAAAUAAUCCAAAAUACAUCUUGAGAAACUAUAUUGCUCAGAAUGCGAUAGAAGCAGCCGAAAAUGGGGAUUUCUCAGAGGUAAGAAAUGUAUUGAAACUUCUGGAGAAUCCAUUCCAAGGAACAGAAAGUGCCAGGGAGGUGGAGGAAGAAGCAGAAGAGGAGGGUGCAACUGCUGGAGCCGCUGCUUGUGCUCAGGCGGCCACUGGCAGAGUGUCCUACUGCAGCAAACCUCCCCUGUGGGCUGCAGAGCUCUGUGUUACGUGA